UAAGGGCUAUUGGAACUGUCGUCUGCUCGCGAGAACACUGGCUAAUAAGCGAGCACCGAGCUCUCACAAACUUCCAGAAAAGCAAGUUAAAGAGGUUUUGAAGUAGUUACACUGUGGGAAUGGUGUAGAAUUAAUUUUGUUAAGAAAAGGGGGAUUUUUUUUUACAGUUCUGAAAAUAUAUCUAGUCUUAUUUAGAAAACAGACUAGUCGGGACACAACAUCUCAGUUACUCAUUAACGAGCACGGAGGGUUCUUCAACUUGUUUGCCAGUCCGGAGGAAGUGAAUUAACUUCCCGAGUCCGGUCACAUUCUCCGAUAUCAAAAGUUACUCGACGACGACAGCGCCCUCUGGAGCAUGAUCAUGGCGCGGCCCCUGACCACCAUCUUGGCAUCCAUAGCAACGUCAUUUGUCUUAUUCAAGCUAACCAGUUGUGUAGUCGUCGGCGCACUUGCCGAAAAUGAAGCUGAUGUUGAAAGUGCAGACAAGCGGCGUCCAUUUGACGACAUCGCCAGCGGACUUGUCGGAAAGCGGAGACCAUUCGACGAACUUGCCAGUGGGUUAGUCGGGAAAAGGCGACCGUUUGACGACAUCGCCAGCGGACUUGUUGGAAAACGGCGACCAUUCGACGAACUUGCCAGUGGGUUAGUUGGGAAAAGGCGACCGUUUGAUGACAUUGCAAGUGGACUUGUUGGCAAACGGCGUCCAUUCGACGAACUUGCCAGCGGGUUAGUUGGCAAACGGCGACCGUUCGACGAACUUGCCAGCGGGUUAGUUGGCAAACGGCGACCAUUCGACGACAUCGCCAAUGGUCUUGUCGGUAAGCGACGUCCUUUCGACGAACUUGCCAGCGGGUUAGUUGGCAAACGACGACCGUUCGACGACAUUGCCAACGGCCUUGUUGGCAAGCGACGCCCUUUCGACGAACUUGCCAGCGGGCUGGUGGGCAAGCGAGGUCCAUUCGACGACAUCGCCAGCGGUCUUGUUGGAAAACGCCGUCCAUUUGACGAACUUGCCAGCGGAUUGGUCGGCAAGCGAGCUCCAUUCGACGACAUCGCCAGCGGCCUCGUUGGCAAGCGCCGUCCUUUCGACGAACUUGCCAGUGGACUGGUUGGAAAACGACGACCGUUCGACGAACUUGCCAGCGGACUGGUUGGAAAACGGCGACCGUUCGACGAACUUGCCAGCGGACUGAUCGGCAAGCGGGCAGGCUCCGGCUGGCGCAACAUGAAGUACUACCGCUACGCCAACAAGCGACCUUUCGACGAGCUAGCCAGCGGACUAGUCGGCAAGAGGUCACCGUUCGACGAGGUCGCUAGCGGGCUUGUGGGCAAACGCCGGGACUUCGACGAGUUGGCCAGCGGGCUCGUUGGCAAGAGGCCCUUCGACGAGCUGGCCAGCGGACUCGUCGGCAAGCGUGAGUUCGACGGCGACAUGAUCGAGAAAAGAUCGACGGACGAGGUAGACAAACGUCCCUUCGGGGAAGUAGCCAGCGGCCUGAUAGGCAAGAAAGACGAUGGUGACGCCGCCCCGACAGAAGAGGACAGCUCUGCCGAACGGACUUACUAGUUAGUCUCCGUUAACCGAACGUCUCGUUGGCCAUCGUAGUCAAACGAGACUUCAACAGUGGGAUCCUUUCCUGCUAGAUGUCGCGCUCAGUAAAAGAAACACAAAAAUGCUGCUACGAAUUGCAUAUCAGUACCUUGGAAUCGAGUGCAGGUGAAGUGUACAUCAAGGUGUACUUCAAAACACAGUUUAUUUUUUCUUCAAUUCGUCUAGUAUCUCUUGCAAACUCUGUUGUAUCCAGUAAACCUAAGGGUUUUUUUAUAUUUAGUAUUAACUAUAUAUUUGGGGAGUUGUUUAUAGAUAUUUUUGUUUACCAAAUGUUAAGGUAAAUGUAGCUAACAUUCGUAGCUGUAUUUCGGGGUGGACUGUGAUGGUUCUCGGACAGAAUAUGAAACCAUGAUUCACCUAGCUGCUGGAUGAAAGGUUUCUGUUAACACUGUGAUAAUAAAAUGUAUAGAAGGAAGGGGGUAGAUAUUCAAAUAUGUGAAACAAAGAAGUCCCUUGUAAAGUAUUUUUCUCACUUAGGGACCCCAGUUAAGGUUCAGCUGUCAAUACGUCACAGUCACGUGACAUGCAGCAACUGUUGAAACGUUAAUGUGUAUAUCGAUGAAUUUUACGAGGCUGACAUGUUUGGCACAUAUACCACUCAUAGUAAUAUUUCGUGUUAUUUUGGGAAGUUCGGUUCCCUACCUUUGAACUCCCUGGACAUAAAACUUGACAGACUUCACCUGAUACUUUUUGUUCCUUUCUUUUCUUUUUUUAUCUUUGGUUUCUUUAUUGUUCUUUUAUUUUUCAUUUUUCUUUCUAUUUUUUUCUUUCAUUUCAUUUUUCUUAUGUUUACUCUUUUUCUUUUGUGUUUAUUUUACUUCUCUUUUCUCGUUCUCUCUUUCCUUGCUUCAUUAUUUGAAAUUGUUUCUAAUGUAGUGAUACACAAACCUCAGGUAAAAGCAGGUUAGUCUGGACAUGUUAAAAAAGGCGUUUAACUGACUCUGCCACACCUUGCUCUUGGAAAGUGGAUGUUUCAAAUAAAACAAACUCUGAAACUAA